CCUACACUCAGUAUAAAUAGAAGGAAACCCAGUGCAGAGACUCUCUACAGCUCAUUUUGGGAAAUCAAAAUCAUGAUAGGACCGUCCACUUCCUCCAGUGUUUCUGUUAAUCUAUGGUGUGUUAUUCAGUGCAUACCGUGAAUGGUAUAUAAGUUGCUGAAAUAAUCAACAGGUUGCAGUUUGUGAACUAGUUCUCUGAAGUUCAAUAGCUUCUUGCGGUUGGAUUCUUUAAUAUAUAUCUACCCAUGGUGUGUAACUGUGGGGAUUCAUUGGGCACUGUACUGCACGAACUCCAAUAGAGUAAAGGUCACAGAAAAUUGAGCCCUUUGAACUUGGUGCUGGAGAAUCAGGCCACAAUGAUAUCAGAAGAGAAAAAGUGUCGGGAGUGUGAGGUGAUACGCUUUUCUCGUCCGCCGGGGCACGGGAAUUUAAAACGUUGUCUUAGCUGUUCGGUGUCAGAGGAAAUGGAGGAGAGUCAGCACACACAGCCGUCUCUGCCCUGGUCAGAGAGCUUCAGCGAUGUCACCAAAAACGGUAUAAAUCACCCUCGAAGUGUUGCGCGAAGCAAGUCCGUACAGAAAAUCGUCUACCAGGCUAACAUGAGAAAGAAAAUGAAACUAAAGAGGCUGGUUAACAAAGAUGGGGCGUGCAACGUCAUCCACAACACUAAAGCUAUUUACAAGUUAAGCUUUCUUGCCGACCUUUUCACUACGCUGAUUGAUUUGAGGUGGCGGCUAAUGUUGCUGUUCUUUAGUAUUGCUUAUAUCGGAGGCUGGGCGGCUUUCAGUGGCAUUUGGUACGGUCUAGCUUGGUGGCAUAAUGACCUAGGCUACCUAAGCCGUAACGAUACCAACUUUGAGCCGUGCGUGUACAACGUUGAAAACUAUGUUGGGGCGUUCUUGUUCUCACUGGAGACACAGACCACUAUUGGUUAUGGUUUCCGGUCUGUAACUGAGGAGUGCUGGAUCGGCGUCUCUGUGGUCGUUAUCCAAUCAGUAUUUAGCGCAUUGGUCGAUGCCUUCCUCAUCGGGUGUGUCUUUGCCAAAAUAGCCCGUCCUAAAAAGCGUGCAGCUACCCUCAAGUUUAGCCGCAACGCCGUGAUCGCAGAACGGAACGGUAAAAUGUGUUUCAUGUUCCGCAUCGGUGACAUUCGUUCGUCUCAUCUGUUCGAUGCUAAGAUUAAGGCCCAGUUAAUUCGACCAAUGAUCACGGAGGAAGAUGAGUGUAUCCCGUUAUACAGCCACCCUAUGGACGUCGGAGGACAAAUCGGUGAGGAUCAUGUCCUCCUUGUCUGGCCAAUCAUCAUCUGCCACGUCAUCGACGAGAAAAGCCCACUGUAUAAAUACUCGUACGUUGACCUCUUAGAUAACUCCUUUGAGAUCGUUGUGUAUCUUGAGGGUGUCGUGGAACAGACAGGACUUCUCUGUCAGGCUCGGACAUCCUAUCUUCCUUCAGAGAUCAAGUGGGGACAUCGCUUCAGCAGCCACAUCGUCUCCAUGGCUGAAUCCGAUGACAAUCUAAGCAUUGAUUACUCCCAUUUCAAUGUGACCUAUCCAGUUGCUGAUACCCCUCGCUGUAGCGCCCAGGAACUUGACAUUAAGAAGAAGACGGGACAUUCCUUGAAGUCGACACUGGCAAAUGGCAAGCUUAGGAACCGCAGAAAUUUCUCUGCACCGGAUAUCGCCGCCUUAGACACCAGGAAGUUGAGAUUCUCUGACAAAGUGGAUGAAAAAUAUGCUGAGGAGGACAGUAAGAAAAAAGAUGAACCACCGGAGUAUAACGGCAUUGCAGUUAUUGUAGGGACAGAUACGCCACCUUCCACACCCAUAGGAUCAGGGUUAAAAAAAUGGGCGUCCAAAGAAUCGGACGUCUGAUUUACUUGGUAAAUGUUUUAUUUUAUUCUAUAUACUAUAACCCAAGUACCCAGGGGUGGAUUUCACACAAAUUUAAGACU